UCGGGCUGCCGGCUGCCGCUCGGGUGUCUCGCUUUCCCCUCGUGAGCCCGCCACUUUCAGCACUUGCGGUUUGUUUUCUGGCGCAGGGUUUGAAGCCCAGACCCAGAAAUGAGGAAGGUUCUGUGCGUGGAGCCCGUCAUUUUCAUCUACGUUUUUGCGUCUUUCCUGACUACCCCGCUGGUGCAGCAGUUCAUCUACCGGCGGCUGUGGGAGCAGGAGUACAAUUCCACUUUCGUGAGCGACAACAAUGUCACUCGCUGCGAGCAGAAUAAGAGCAGCCCGGCUUAUAUCAAACAGAAGGAAGUUCAAGAAAAAGCCUCUGUUUUUAAUAUGCAGUUGGACUUAACUAGGGCCAUUCCCAGCCUUACAGUUGCCUUUGUCAUUGUAGCUAAUGGGGAUCGCCAGGGACACAAAAGGUCUUUAGUUUUACCAUCAAUGGGAGCUUUGAUUUCUGGUAUUAGCUUCACUGCAAUAUCAUAUUUUUCCUUGUCACUCUCUGUCCUAUUUGCAGUCGCAUUUAUUACUGGACUGUUUGGGAGUUUAGCAACUUUCCUUGGAGGAGGCUUUGCUUACAUAGCAGAGGAGUGUCAUGAUGAGAAGCAGAAAACAACACGAAUAGCUAUAGUGGAUUUGAUUUUUGGAGUUGUAUCUGGAUUGGCAGGACUAUUAUCUGGCUACUUUCUAAGAGAAAUAGGCUUUGCAUGGACAUUUGUGAUAGCAUCUCUGCUUCAUGUCAUUAAUAUCAUCUAUAUUAUAUUUUUUCUGGAAGAUACUGUAGGCGUAUCUCAACUCCAGCAUGAAGUAUCAGUAUCCUGGAAAGAACUUAUUAGGGAGACAUUUUCUGGAGUGUACAUGCUUUUUAAAACUGCCCCUUAUAAAAAGAGAAUUUUAAUAAUCGUGUUACUUUUUACAUUUAUGACUUAUUUAUUUACUCUGUUUGGUGGGAGUUCACUUUUUACACUAUAUGAACUGGAUGAGCCGCUCUGCUGGAGUGAAGUGUACAUUGGAUAUGGAGCAGCUGCAUUCACUUCUGUCUCGCUGACCAGCUUUUUAGGAGUUUACUUAUUUUCCAAAUGUCUCAAAGACAUUUAUAUUGUCUUUAUUGGGAUAUUUUCUUACAUUGGAGGAAUGGUCAUGGCUGCCUUUGCCAAAACUACCCUGCUCAUGUUUUUAGUGAGAAUACCAUCUUUGUUCUGCUUUAUGCCUAUUCCUGUUCUCCGAUCCAUGCUGUCAAAAGUGGUUCUCACUAGUGAACAGGGUGCUGUGUUUGCUUGUAUUGCCUGUUUAGAAGUUGUGACCGGCACUAUGUCAAUUUCAGUUUUUAAUAUUAUCUAUGCAACUACUGUUGCAUGGUUUUCAGGCUUUAGCUUCCUCCUAUCGGCAGGCCUUUGUCUAAUCCCACUGUCUGUCCUGUGUUGGCUUCUGUGCACAAGUUGGAAUGGGGAGGACUUGGCUCUGCUGGUACCUGAAGAAGUAUCCAGCAUAGAGAGUGCUGAUAGUUGAACAAAGGAUCCACAUACCCAGGAUUCCUAAUCUGACAUGCAGUGGCAGAGGUUGUUACAUCACACACACACAGAUAACACAACACAAUCUCCAAGUGGCCCUGCAGCAAUAAGCACUAAAUUGGUACCACUCAAUACCCAGUCUCUUUUUAGCACUUGACUAAAGCUAGCUCUUAACUAUGGAAAUAGGCUGGCAAUUGAGAUUAAUGGUGCUUCAGCAUGAAG